GUGGUCUUUAAGUCUUUAACAAUGGAAAUGUCGCAGGAGCAAACACGGUCAGUCAGUUUACCUCGGAGUCUGAGAAAGAGAAAGAAGGCGUCAGACAUGACUAACAUGUUUCAGCGGACCUGUCGACUGGAAAUUAAUGUACCCACACAAAUUGUGCAUGUCAUCGGUACGGAACUUAAGGUGAUUGUAGACCGGUGUGCUCCACCGCAGUCCAAAUCCUUCUCGAUAAAAUGCGGCCCAAACGUGCAAUACAAGGUCACUUCCACGGCCGGGGACAGGAACGCUGCUCCGUACCCCCUCACCCCAAACUCUGUCCUCAUCGUCACCAUGGAUGCAGUCAGCGAGACUGCAAACGACACCAAGCUGUCUGUGAGGUACUAUGGAGAGAAAUCAGAGUCGCUCGGGGACGCCGUGCUCCAUCUAACAGCUGUCGAGAUAUCUCUGGACGUAGACGCUGACCGCGAUGGCGUUGUUGAGAAAAACAAUCCAAACAAGGGAUCAUGGAAGUGGGGUCCUAAUGGCCACGGUGCAGUUCUGCUGGUCAACUGUGACUCCGAGACCACUUACCAGAAGACACUGGACAGUGAGGUUGCUGAGAUCAAUAAAGUGUCAGAUUUACAGGACAUGUCCAAGAUGAUCCUGCGCACCAACGGUCCCGCUGAACUUCCUGAAGGCUAUAAACUGACUAUGCACAUCUCGCAGACCACUUCAGACAACGUGAGAGUCUUUAGACCUCGGACAACUGCAAAAGAAGAUGACGUGUGGAAGCACAAACUCUUGAAGUUGUUCCUGAAAGACUAUAUCAUGGUGGUGGGAAUGGACACGCUGACACAGGAAGUGCCCUACCUGGGAGGCAAAACUGAACUAGCGUUCUUUGUAGAGGGUCUUCGCUUCCCUGAUAAAGACUUUGAUGGGCUCGUCACCAUCAACCUCAGUCUACUAGAGCCCUGUGGCAAGGGUUUCCCUGAAACGCCCAUCUUCACAGAUACAGUUGUAUUUCAUAUUUCUCCCUGGAUCAUGACCCCAAACACCCUCAAACCUGUGGAGGUGUAUGUGUGCAGCACAAAUGAUAACUACACCUUCCUGAAGAGCAUAAGGAACCUGGUGGACAAGUGUGGCUACAAACUGAAAAUAUGUCAUGAGUACAUGAAUCGAGGAGACCGCUGGAUGCAGGAUGAGCUUGAGUUUGGCUACAUUGACUCUCCCCAUCACCAGUUCCCUGUUGUACUAGACUCUCCUCGUGACGGAGAUCUUAAGGAUUUCCCCUACGAGUCCAUUCUGGGGCCAGACUUUGGGUACGUGACACGGCAUGCUUUGAAUGAGAAGGUCACCAGUCUGGACUCCUUCGGUAACCUGGAGGUUAGUCCACCAGUCACAGUCAACGGGAAGAGUUACCCACUUGGCAGGAUCAUCAUUGGAGUGGCGUUCCCUACUGCAACUCGUGGCCGAAACAUGACCCGAGUGGUCCAGGACUUCCUGUGGGCACAGAAAGUUCAAGCGCCGAUAGCUCUGUACUCUGAUUGGCUGGUUGUGGGUCAUGUGGAUGAGUUCAUGACCUUUGUUCCAGCCCCUGACCGAAAGAAAUUCCGGUUGCUGCUGGCUAGCCCUGACGCCGGAUACAAAGUUUUCAAAAGCUUACAAAAGAAAGGACUUGGAGAAGCAGUCAUGUUUCCAGAUUUGCCAGAGACCAUCUCUGUAAAUGAGAUUCUGAGCGACAAAAAGCUACAGGCUGAAAACCUAUAUGUGCAGAACUGUAUUGACUGGAACAGAGACGUGCUGAAGAAAGAGCUGGGGUUGGAUGAUGAAGACAUCAUUGAUUUGCCCAUCCUGUUUAAAGUCUUAGAAGAGAAAACAGGCCCCAGGGCUGUGGCUUACUACCCUGACAUGGUGAACAUGAUCGUGUUGGGGGAUCAGCUGGGCAUCCCAAAACCGUUUGGGCCGAAGGUGAAUGGCAGGUGUGCUCUGGAGACAGAGGUGUGUUCUCUUCUGGAGCCUCUGGGCCUCAAAUGUACCUUCAUUGAUGACUUUGCCCCGUACCACAAACUGCUGGGUGAAGUUCACUGCGGUUCCAACGUCCUUCGAGAGCCGUCCCCUUUCAGAUGGUGGAACCUAGAGCUGUGAGAGAGAGUGCCUAUUAAGUCUCGCAACAAGUUCAUUCUAGCCAAAAACAAUGCAUAGAGUGAAAUACUAAUGGGAUAAUUCAUUUACUCACCCUCAUUUUGUUUAAGUAGCUCUUUUCCAUAUAACAACAAGGUGCUGUAUAGAAUAAGAAAGUAGUCCAAAAAUCAUUCACAUUAAUUUGCGCUGUGUUCUGAAGUAAUAUAACCGCUUUCCAUGAGGAACAGAUAUUUCAGUAAAUGCAGCAAACCGUGAAAAAGAGAGCAAACCAUAUACUUAUGAAACAACAUGAGUAUGAGCAAAUACUUUUUUUUUUAAUAGUUUGUCAGUUCUUAUAACUUUCCUCUGUAAACCAGGCCUUGUUUUUAACAGUAUAGUUACUCCUGAAGCUGCGGUGGUACUGUAUCAAGAUUUGUAAGAAGAUUAAGGGCUAACAAUUACAAGUUGAAGUUGUUCAAAAUAAUUGUAAAUGUUUACAGCUUAAGAGUAGUUGGGCCGGUUUCAUAAAAUAAGUUUACCAAACAAGUUAGGUUUAUUUCAGUUAGUCUGACUUACUGUCAGUUGAUUUGGUUCAAAAUAAGUCUGACUAACUGAAAUAAGGCUGACUUAUAAAGUAAACUUGGUUUAUGAAACACUCUCCAGUUGUUUAUUUUUUUCUAACAACAACAGAAAAGCUUUUGAAGUCUGUACUGGGGUUUCAUAACUAUGAACCAUUAAUGUUCAUUCUGUGUUGCCUCAAUAAUAAUGACUGGAAAUUUCUUUUUAUAACUGGUGAUGGUCUUGGGUGUGUAUUUUUUGUGUGUAUUAUCUUACUCCUAAUAAUGUAGAUUACAGCACAAUAAACAUUCCAUGAACCCUU